AUGAUUUCAAGAGGUCGAGACUGGGAGCGGAGAUCGACGCAGAUAGUCAAGCAUGAUAGUGCUUCAUACGCCUUCCCUGCCUACUCGACGGCCUCGACACGACGCACUUCCCCCAGCGCUACAUAUGCGGGUGUGCAGACGUGCUUUUCAUCCCAAGUCGACCGACUUCUGGAUGAACAAAUGGGAGCGUUUACGUUACUAAACGUAUGUCAGUAUCGUCGCCAGAGUUUGAGCGCCGUUCGUUGCCCACGGGAGGAUACGCAGGAUACUCGGCCAGAUGAUACAAUAUAA